CCCUGGGAGCCGAGCCAGAGCGAGCGCCGGGGCUGGGCGCGCAGGAGUGAAAAGGAGGCGGCGGCCGCGGCUGUGAGCAACAGAUCCGGGCGCCGCGAGCAGACCCGCUCUGCUGCAGGGCGAUUGUUUUUUAAAUUUCCAAAAAAUUUUAUUAAUUUAGAAAAAAUCGCAUUUUUAAAUGGCGCUGGCCCCGGGUCAGCGGGUGGUUUUCUCUGCUUCAGGAUGGGCUUUGCCGUUUCCGUCGUGGGCACCACUGGUGGCCUGAUUGUCAGUCUUCUCUGGGCAUUUUUAAGGCCAGGAGCCGAGCGCUGCAUGUAGGCGAAUCACCCUACAGAGCGGUUUGGCUUUUAAAAUUGUGAUUUUUAUUUUGGGCAGAGAGCAGUCGAUCUCGGGCACUUCGUCCUCUUUGCAGGAGAGGCUGCGAGUCAGAGGUGGGUCGCUCGGCGGGUGAAAUUCCUCCCGGAGUGAGCGAGCCCUGAUCCCGCGCACGGUCCCGGCGGCCCUGAGUGUGUGCCCUGUCCCUGCCGGCGCCGGGAAAAUGGAGGCUGUGAUUGAGAAGGAAUGCAGCGCGCUCGGAGGCCUCUUCCAGACCAUCAUCAGCGACAUGAAGGGGAGCUAUCCAGUUUGGGAAGAUUUCAUAAACAAAGCGGGAAAGCUACAGUCCCAGCUUCGGACAACAGUAGUAGCGGCAGCUGCCUUCUUGGACGCCUUCCAGAAAGUGGCUGACAUGGCUACCAACACACGUGGUGGCACGAGGGAGAUUGGCUCUGCCCUCACCAGGAUGUGCAUGAGGCACAGGAGCAUCGAAGCCAAGCUGCGGCAGUUUUCGAGUGCUUUAAUCGAUUGCCUGAUAAACCCACUUCAAGAACAGAUGGAAGAAUGGAAAAAAGUGGCCAACCAGCUGGAUAAAGACCACGCGAAAGAAUAUAAAAAAGCUCGCCAAGAAAUAAAAAAGAAGUCCUCGGAUACCCUGAAACUGCAGAAGAAAGCAAAAAAAGGGAGAGGUGACAUCCAGCCCCAGUUGGACAGCGCCCUCCAAGACGUCAACGAUAAAUACCUGUUGUUGGAGGAAACAGAAAAGCAAGCGGUCCGGAAGGCUUUGAUUGAAGAACGCGGUCGGUUCUGCACCUUCAUCUCAAUGCUGCGGCCGGUGAUUGAAGAAGAAAUCUCAAUGCUGGGGGAAAUAACUCACCUUCAGACCAUAUCAGAAGAUCUGAAAAGCCUGACCAUGGACCCUCACAAACUGCCCUCCUCAAGUGAACAGGUGAUUUUGGACUUGAAAGGUUCUGAUUACAGUUGGUCGUACCAGACGCCACCCUCUUCCCCCAGCACCACCAUGUCCCGCAAGUCAAGUGUCUGCAGCAGCCUGAACAGCGUCAACAGCAGCGACUCGCGGUCCAGCGGCUCGCACUCACAUUCCCCCAGCUCACACUACCGCUGCCGCAGCUCCAACCUGGCCCAGCAGGCGCCCGUGCGGCUGUCCAGCGUGUCCUCCCACGACUCAGGAUUCAUAUCCCAGGACGCCUUCCAGUCCAAGUCACCAUCCCCCAUGCCACCAGAGGCCCCCAACCAGUUGUCUAAUGGGUUUUCUCACUAUAGUUUAUCAAGUGAGCCCCACGUGGGGCCCAUGGGGGCAAACCUUUUCCCUCAUUGCCUGCCUGCCUCCCGCCUGCUCCCUCGGGUCACCUCUGUCCACCUUCCAGACUACGCUCAUUAUUACACCAUUGGGCCCGGCAUGUUCCCGUCAUCUCAGAUCCCUAGCUGGAAGGACUGGGCCAAGCCAGGACCUUAUGACCAGCCUCUGGUGAACACCCUCCAGCGCCGCAAGGAGAAGCGGGAGCCAGACCCCAGCGGAGGGGGACCCACGGCCACAGGUGGCGCGCCUGCUGCUGCCGACGAGGCUCAGAGACCGCGGAGCAUGACCGUGUCGGCUGCCACCAGGCCUGGCGAGGAGAUGGAGGCUUGUGAGGAACUGGCCCUGGCUCUGUCACGGGGCCUCCAGCUUGACACCCAGAGGAGCAGCCGGGACUCGCUGCAGUGCUCCAGCGGCUACAGCACCCAGACGACCACCCCAUGCUGCUCCGAGGACACCAUUCCCUCCCAAGAGUCAGAAAGCAGAGCUGCUGCCUUGGAGAUUUCUGACCAGAUCCUGUCAUCAGUUUCAGAUUAUGAUUAUUUCUCUGUGAGUGGGGACCAGGAGGCAGAUCAGCAGGAGUUUGACAAGUCCUCCACCAUUCCGAGAAACAGUGACAUCAGCCAGUCCUACCGCCGGAUGUUCCAAGCCAAGCGCCCGGCCUCAACUGCUGGUCUCCCCACCACCCUCGGACCUGCUAUGGUCACCCCAGGGGUUGCAACCAUUCGACGGACCCCUUCCACGAAGCCUUCUGUCCGCCGGGGGACCAUCGGAGCUGGUCCCAUCCCCAUCAAGACACCCGUGAUCCCUGUCAAGACCCCAACCGUCCCAGACCUCCCCGGGGUGUCGCCAGCCCCUUCGGAUGGGCCGGAGGAGCGGGGUGAGCACACUCCUGAGUCGCCGUCUGUGGGUGAGGGCCCCCAGGGUGUCACCGGCAUGCCCUCCUCAGUGUGGAGUGGCCAAGCCUCCAUCAACCCCCCUCUUCCAGGCCCAAAGCCCAGUAUCCCUGAGGAGCACAGACAGGCGAUUCCAGAAAGCGAGGCCGAAGACCAGGAAAGGGAUCCCUCCAGUGCUACUGCCUCCCCAGGCCGGAUUCCGGAGAGUGACCCUGCAGACCUGAGCCCGAGGGAUGCCGCGCAGGGCGAAGACAUGCUGAACGCCAUCCGAAGGGGCGUGAAACUGAAGAAGACCAUGACGAACGACCGCUCGGCACCCCGCUUCUCUUAGGCUCUCUUAGGCUCACAAGAAAUGCUGCCAGUGGGCAGUGAACUGUUUCAUUAAUAAAACCUAAUUUGUCUUGAUCCAUUCCAAUCUAUAAUCAAACAACAGAUUUUGUAGGCAACUCAGAAUACAGCUCUUUUGAAAGUACUCAACACCUUUAGAUAAGAAUUAAAAGCAACAUACGUAACUGACAUAACCUUGAUCUUUUAAUUUGUAAAUAUGACAGUUUUCUUUCUGCACAUUUUAAUCUUAGUUCUCCCUUUUGAUUUUUCUGAAGGUGCCAAAUUCCAUUUAACUUUUUUACAAGUCUUUGUAAAAUUUUAAAUGCAUAAGGGCGGGGGGUCGGGGUGGGGGAACCACAAAAUAGUUAAUUUCAGAAAAAUGGGUAACUAUACUUAGCCUUUUCUUUUCUCUUUUUUUCCUGCCAGCUUUUCUAGAUGCAUUAUAGUAGUCUGGCUUAGAAGCAAGUUCAAGUUAUUUUAAUGUACAAACAAAAUGGAUAAGGGUUAAAAAAAAAUCUUCAUUUAAAUAUACUAUGUUCUGAAUGAGAAAAGCAGGAGUAACAAUUGAGCAAUAUUCGGAGUGAAGUAAAUCUGGAAAUGGUAGACGGUGUUGGGAUUGGGGGGAGGGCAAUGGGAGGGGCACACUGUCAACAUAGCCGAUCCUGUCACAUUUAAGAGUAGCCUCGUAGAUUGAAUUUCUCGUAGCUUCAUGGUUAAUGCAUCCGAAUAAGCCAUACUGGACUGCAGUGUUUGUUUCUGUAGGGUGUUUAGGGUCUUCCUUUCUCCCACAAUUCCUCUUGACUGCACACAGCACCCACCUCCAACCCCGUGCAUGCUGCUGCCACCAGGUAGACCUAGAAUCCCCCACUUGAGUUACUGGUCUGUUCUACCCACUUUCAUCAAAUCCAAAUACAUCCAAAAGGGUAAGGCAGUUUCAAAAUGUGAAGACAUUGAAACACGACAGCAGGGAAUCCUUAGAUAUAGCGAAUGCCUUUUACUUAACUGUGCCCAGCAGGCUGGGCGCAUGGAAAAGCCCAAAUAUUUUGAAAAAACUCAAGCGGAUUUAACAAGGGUAACCAGCUUGGAGUCUCGCAACUCGCCGAUGUGUUUACCGAUCCGGGGGCUUGUUUUUCUUAAUUGGCUUCAUCCAAAACAUUGAAGAGAGGAGGAUUUAUUUAUUGUCACUGGGAAUCUGACCACUAGACUGUCCCUUUUUUUGUAUUCUAGGUAAUGUUUUUUGGGAUGGAUUUAUAUCUUUUCUUUAAGUAAGAGUUAAAUUUGUUAUGAUGCCCAUCCCCCAAAGCCAACAGAGAUUUGUAGAUUUUGAGGGCUCAUGUUUGGAGAAUACGAUGGUGUUUAAAAAAGCCAGCCAGCCCCUUAGCUGUUGGGUCAGUGGAAAGUGCUCCUUCGUGACUGAACUUAUCAAGGGAUAGGAGCUUGGUGGGUCCCACAGACCCUGCAGAUUUCUGUUGGCUCAAAUAAUCCUCAAUUACAUAAGCUUAUGCUUUAAUACAUAACUGCGUUGGAUGUGAGAGUAACGUACCUGUACAGUCAUUGUUCUAUAUAUUAACACUUAACACUGCUGUGAUUGCUCAAGGACAUUUUAUGUUAUGGCUUUAAAGCAAAGGCAUGAUUAUUAGAAACUAUUUAAGCUUUUUUUUCUUUGAAAAACAAGCUCCUUUUACAAAAUAUAAGCAACAGUAGUGCCUGUGGUUUAGCCCACCAAUCUUGAUGACUAAAAGUAGCUGAUGCAUUGUGCAUAUGAUGCUUGAGAUGGUUUUUGCAAAAGCAGAAAUCACUGCAAGGUAAUUACAAUAGAUAAAAGUGGUAUUUUAAACCUUUGAAAUAAAUGGAUGUAACUGUACCUUGCUUGGUACAGCUUUUCACUUGUUUAGUUUUUAAACGUUAGUAUAAUCUGAAGAAAUUUAAUAUAAAAUGUUGCCAAAUUCAGUGUAGAAAGAAUGUGACAAAACACCUUGGGUAGUUCUGUUUGUGUUUUUGCAUAUUGUAAAAGCAGUGUCACAGCUAAAAAUAAAGAACUCGUUUCUAAAGGUAAUUAUUGUGGUUUAGUUGCUAGUUUGUACUGAGAGUUGACCUCUCCCUGUGCAGGUUUUUGUUCUAAACUUGUAUAAAUAACAAUUGUGUAAUGUGUCUCCCUUCUACCUUGUAACAAUUGCUUCAGCCUACAUUAUAAAUAAAGAACCACUAGGAAAAAAAAAA